AAGAAUGCAGCACUUGUAUUUUAUUCUUACUUCUGUUUAUGUAGCAGUCACGCCUCGUUUCCAGCCUUCUCGGUCUCUGUUGGAGGGACUGAGAUUGUCCCUCAGUGGAUGCUGAAGGUUACCGCGUGCGUAAAGCGCGCGCUCAGAUGCUGCGCGGUGCUCACACUCCGCUUGGACUCAAUCGGAUAUGGGUUGCUCCUGCUAAGUGCAGUUUAACACCUCCACAAAACCAAGAAAAGCAUAUUUACAUACAAGUUCAGGUUCUUCUAAUCGCCAAAAUGAAAUUUGCUCGUGGAAGUAGUCGUGUUUGCCGGUUUACAGCGGUUGUAUUCACCCGUGGAGCUGUAAUUGAGACAGAAGAGGAAUACAGUUACAGUCGCUCGGGUGGACAAGUGUAUCCGAUGGAGAAAAGUGGAUUUAAAAUCUAAGAAACGGGAUACUUCCGCUCUUUGGAUGAAAGUUGCGGUUUUGAAGGAUCUCAGCUUGGCUUUAACCAUCUGAUGGAAGUCUUCACGGAAUAUGCCUAUAAUGAAAGCUUCUUUGAAAAUGGAUCCCGGGGCUUCAAUGGCACGGAACAAGGGAGGCGGCACCAGUACAAUUAUUAUGCCAUGCUUCUCACACUGCUCAUUUUCGUCAUUGUCUUUGGGAACGUGCUUGUGUGUAUGGCCGUUUCAAGGGAGAAAGCCCUGCAGACCACUACCAACUACCUGAUAGUCAGCCUGGCUGUGGCUGAUCUGCUAGUUGCCACACUCGUAAUGCCAUGGGUGGUUUACCUAGAAGUGGUGGGAGAGUGGCGGUUCAGCACAAUCCAUUGUGACAUCUUUGUCACCCUGGACGUGAUGAUGUGUACAGCGAGCAUACUCAAUCUAUGUGCCAUCAGUAUCGACAGGUACACAGCUGUAGCCAUGCCUAUGUUGUACAACACACGCUACAGCUCCAAGAGGAGGGUCACAGUCAUGAUUUCUGUUGUCUGGAUUCUGUCUUUUGCGAUAUCAUGUCCACUGCUGUUUGGACUCAAUAAUACUGUCACUCAUGACGAUGCUUUGUGUGUGAUCGCAAACCCUGCCUUUGUAGUGUACUCCUCUAUUGUAUCAUUCUACGUUCCCUUCAUCAUAACACUGCUAGUAUACGUGCAGAUCUACGUGGUACUGCGAAAGAGGCGGAAACGUGUCAACACCAAACACACAUGCCCAGUUACGGACAUGGAUAUGAGCUCGACUUUAAAGAAAUGCACCCACCCUGAUGAUGUGAAACUCUGCACUGUGAUCGUCAAGUCCAGUGGGAAUUUUCCUGUGAACAACAAAAACGUGAUCUUCAUAAAGGAGGUGGUAAACAAUGGCGAUGACAUCCAGAUGGAUGAAAUGACAAACUUAAACCCUCCGAGACAGAGGAAGCAGGAUCAGUCUGGUACAAGUCAACAACACAGCAGGCUGGUUAACUCUAAUCUAAGAGAGACUGACAUAUCACCCCCAUCGCCUGAAGCCGGUGUCAAACCUGAAAGAAAUGGCAACACCAGCAAUAUCACAAAAGGGGCCAAAGCAUUUGAGAUCCAGGUCUCCCCCACCGGCAAAACACAGACAUCGGUCAAGACACUUAACAAACGCAAAAUCUCCCAGCAGAAGGAGAAGAAGGCUACUCAAAUGUUAGCUAUUGUCCUUGGUGUAUUUAUCAUCUGCUGGCUGCCGUUCUUCAUCACGCACAUUGUGAACACCUACUGCCAAGUCCCUCCUGAACUCUACACUGCCUUUACGUGGCUGGGCUAUGUGAACAGUGCCGUAAAUCCCAUCAUAUACACUACUUUCAACAUUGAGUUUCGCAAAGCUUUCAUUAAGAUUUUACACUGUUGAAAGAGAGCCCACUUCCCCGGAGCAGAAGGGAUAGAAAUGAUACUGUACCUCAUCUGCAGUGGACACACUGUAAAACUUCAAAUGAAGAUUUUAAAUUGGAUCCCAUGUGGACUAUGGCCUGGGGGCUACAUCUCUUGCAUUUCAUAGAGAUUAAAACUAAAGGAAUGUAUAUAAAUUGUAUGUAUUAUAAAAAUUAUUUUGUUCCAAGAUCAUAUCGCUCAGAAAAGAAAAGAAAAACACAUAUAAAAUCCCUGGGGGAGAUGGGGCUUAAAGCAGUAUUUUCAGCACAGACAAAAACGCUUGUUUGGAAUUGCUUCAAGCAAUGACUUUGCUUAUCUGUUUGUCAGUAUUAUUAUUAUUUUGACUAUUUGCUCAAAACCUAAAUGUAACUAGGUGGAAACAGCGUUUUAAAUCAUAGUACAUACUGUGAUACAAAAAGAUGCUUUGUAGUAACCAAUAGGCCAUGCAUUGCAUGGAGGUUGUAAUUUAUUUGAUGAAAAGCCUAUUUAUGCCAGUCAUGUCUGCAAUGUUAUGUCCCACGUUUAUAAUGUUUGUUAGAUGUUCUCUCAGAAAACUAACAGCAGGCAGAAACCUUAAAUAAUACAUUCAGCAAGUCUGUAAUCAACAAAUUUUUUGUACCAAUAUCAAAGCAUUUGUGCCAUGUCUACAGCAAAGUGGAUUUAACAUAAAAAAGCAGAGAAAACAAAUACAGUUUUACUAAAAUGCUGUGAUUUUCAAAAAAAAAAAAACCUUGAACGUCAUUCGUCAGCCUUCCUGGUGGAAGCAUUAACCAUUGCAGCUCUUUGUUUUGGCCUUGAGGAGGUAAAGAUAAUACUGAUGGAGUGAAAAGGGAGGAUAAGGACGAACUGCAUGCAGUCCCUGAGGUAAUGAGUGUACAUUUACAUUUUGAUUUUUUACUAUUUAUUAUGUUUUAUAUACGUAGCUUUUCAUGCUUUAUAUGACACACUUUGAAUGUGAUGGGCCUGCCGUUGCAUUGUAAUGCAUGUUCUCAUAAGAUGUAUGUUGCACAAUGAUAUAAGCUUAUGAAUAAAGUUAUUGUGCACUGACUGUUUGACGUAUCAUGACAGCUGUUUUUAGUGAUACAACCCAACAAAAUCUGCUAUCUGAACUCAAUCUCUUGGUUUAUCACUGUAAACCCUGGAAGAAUUAUAGGAACAGACUUUCCUGCAAACUUCAUGGAGCAAAAGAACACUGGAGCCAUAAAACAAAGUUUUCAGUCCCUGGCCUGAGGGCUGACUCAACUGAUGUGGCACAGAGCGUUUGUUUUGAAUGCAAGUUCUGUGGACAACACAAUGACAUUAGCCCCAUGGCAACCAUCUGUGGACACAGCUGAUGAUCAACACGCUGCUUUUUGCUUGCUACGCAUUUAGGCUACUGCUAAACUCUUGGCUAAACAAAGGUUGUGUGGUUUAGAUGUAGUUUUUGUUGUCAGAAUCCAUAUAAGAAUUCAAAAUCCCUGGAAAAGACAUAUUUAAGGGAUAGUUCACCUAAAAAAAAAUCCUCAUAGAGUCAUAGAUCAAUAUGACUGUUUCUUCAGAUGAACACAGGGAUUUUUAGAAAAAUAAUCCAUCUCUUAGU